GUCCCGACUUGCCCGACCAAAAUUCGUAUCGGUGUGACGUGACAUCACUCACAUGACUAAACGCGUUACGUCACGGCCACGUUACCGCGGCGUUCAACAAAUUCUUUUCAUCCGUUCCUUUCUUGUUUCUUCCACGAUAUGGCACCAAAACAUCUCCUAGACGACUCGCCCUCUCCUUCAUAUCGCGCGGCAAAGCGAAGGCAUCUCACAGAUACUCCAGAUACUCCAAGAACACCUCGUACCAGCUACCCUUUUCUUCCUUCAAGUUCCAGGAGCUCCAAGUGCUCUCAGUCUAGACCAUUAGACUCUCCGUCGAACCCAUUUGGGCGGAAAAGGACUGUCGCUUUGCUCAACACUCUACCCAGUGUCACGCCUUUGGACCAGCACGUUCACCUGCGAUUCCAGUUCAUAAGACCCGGCACACGAAGAGAAGCCGAGGGCGUCUACCGCAUUGUCCGGGUGCCACUUAGCUAUACCUUCCAGCACCUGAGAUGCCUCAUUUCAUUUCUAUUUGGAGGGGACCAUGAAGACACUCACAAGAUGGUGGACAUGGACCAGUAUGAAGAUGAGGAGAGGGGGCAUUUUUUCGAGGUCCGAAAGAGGAUUGUGAUGUACCAGCCAAAGUACAGGCAGGCGACUAUACGUACGGGCGAGCCUUGGAUUCGCCUCUCUAGCGCGAAGGAUCCGUAUCGCUACAAGGCGGACUGGGACUUUGAUGACGACGAAGAUGGAGAGUCUGUUUGUGGAUCAGAAGUACAAGAACCACAGGAGGAUGAAGAAGAUGCUUGGCGUUGGGAGGCGGAGGAUGAGUUGACUCUUGCGAACCUAUGGCCCGAAGGAGAGCAUCCAGAUCUUGACCGUGGCAUAAUAUAUUAUCAUACUUGUUCAAUGCGAGAUGAACGGCCAACUCAAGUGCACAUCACAUACGAUCGCUCCAUUGUCGCGCGCCGCAAAGGGAAGGGUAAUUCACCACAUGUGCUUCGUGCCCGUGGAGACGUUUUUAUUUCUCCCCUUGCUGAGUUGGGGCCAUUCGAGACACGGGAGAAGUUCGAAAAUCCCCUCAUGCAGAUGACACCGCAUCUCUGGAAUGACCCGGCGGAUGCUUUUGCACGGUACCUUAGCAAAAAAGCGGUCCUCCCCAGCCCUGAUUUUGACGACGAUGAAGAUGAGCUAGAAGUAGAGCAAAACUCGUUCAUGUCGACCCCUGGUUUGACUGCCUCGUCGUCGUCUUCACCUAUGUCUUCUCCAAUCCCUCUAUCCUCUUCGCUGUAUACGUUCCCUAAGCACACCCCAGGACCGAGACCCUCUCAGCGGAAACGGAUACACUACAUGUCCAAGCGACUGGAAAGGUCCGGACGGGGUGAAGCCGUGAAAAAGCUCAGACGUGUCGCCGAGAGAGAGGAAAGUCCUGUUGAUGAUAUGGAGAAGAGGCGUACCAUUGCGUUCGAACGAGGGUAUGCAUCUGAGGAGGUCUGAGCUGUUAAGUCGGGCGUUUUGUACAUUAUUAUGUUAUUAUGACAUCUUGUAAAUGGCAGUCUUGAAAAGCAUAACGAGCAUUGGGGCCAUAUGGAUCCGCAGAUAUCAAGUACCGCUGCUAUGUGGCGA